ACAACGACGCCCUUUCAUUUCCUGUAACACACCCACAUUUCUACACUUCUCCAAGCGCCAGUCACUGCAACGAAUUCUUGCCCUCAUUAAAGACCGGAUUGUAAUUUCAGUACGUCUACGCAACUUUCGGCACAAUGCACAAAAAAGUAUUGCUGGAUCAAGGCAAAAUAUCGAAGGGCAUAUCAACACUUCUUGGGGGGCAGUUGGCAAGUGAAGUCAUCCAUAACAACUUCUACAUACCUCUCAUGUCAGUUGACCCUGAGGAAGAGGGGCAAAACGCAUCACACUCUGUGGAACAAGUGAUUUUUACCACGCUGUCUAAAAACAGAAAUCAUGGCAAACCUGUCAUGCUGGUUGGUUUAGCAGGAACAGGUAAAACCACCACCUUGGACAAACUGGUGGUGGACUGGGCCAGUGGUCAACACCUCCAGCACUUCUCCUAUGUCUUCCAUUUCAAAGUCAGGGAGCUGGAAACCAUCAGAGGAACUUUGUCCCUUGAGACGUUGCUGCUACAGCGUUACAGUCACCUCUCCCCUGAGUCCAUGGGUCUGGCGCUGCAGGCGCCUGAGGCUCUGCUGUUUAUGUUUGAUGGGUUUGAAGGGUGCCAGCACAGCUUUGAGCCCCCCACAUCCCCAUCCCUCUGCUCUGACCCUCACCAGCUAGCUUCAGCCUCCUGUCUAGUAGCCAGUCUGCUUCAUGGUACCCUGCUGAAAGGAGCAGCUGUUCUGUUGGCCAGCAGGCCGACUGGAAUGUUGAAUUCACUGAAUGGCCAUCGGGUGGAGCUGUUGGGCUUUCAGAAGCCCCAGAGGAGGGCCUACGUCCACAGAUUCUUCAGCGAUCCAGGGGUUGCCAGCCGAAUGUUCCAGAAUAUGGAGAAGACCUUCGGGUUCUAUGAUUUCUGUGCCUCCCCUAAAUUUUGCUGGACAGUAUGCUCUGUUUUUAAAUUCCUUAUGGAUGCUGGAGAGAGGCUUCCAGAAACAUUGACCCAGAUGUUUGUUAUUAUUACAGUCCACCUGAUUCAGGCACUCUCUUCAGAUGAGGCACAUGACAGAGAUCUGGUGUCUGCGCUAGGUAGAAUGGCAUGUCAUUGCUCCCUGACCCAACAUGCCACCUGCACUAAAGAGCAACUGACCUCUUUUGGUCUUCAGCCUUUCCUCUCCUCUCAGGCAUCAGUGAAUGCUUUCUUGUGUGUAGACGGUGAUCUGGAUUCAGACGACUGUGUUUUCUCCUUCCACAGCCAGUUGUGUCUAGAGUUCCUUCUGGCUGCCUCAUUCUACUUGGACAAGUCCAAAUCUGAGAAUGUGGAGGAGAUGUUAAAGAAGCAUGAGGGCCAUGUGGAUUUUCUACAACUCUACCUGUCAGGGCUCUCUAACCCUACACAAAGGAAGCCUCUAGAAUCCCGACUAGGGGAGUUCAGCUCAGAUCGGAUCAUCAAUUUCAGGCGCUGGGUUAAAAGCAUGUCUCUGAAGGUACUGGGGGGCUAUUACAAAGAGAAACACUUUGACUGCUUCCGUCUGCUCCAUCAGAGUCAGGAUGAAGGAUUGGUUAAGGAGGUUGUUGUCCCCCCUGCUCGCAUUGGCAUCAGUUAUGGAGGCCUGGGCGUACAGGACUGUGUGGCCCUGAACUACAUGGUAACUUGCCUUGGGAAGAUAGAGAAUCUGAAUCUGAUGAACACCAAGGACCUCACAGGGGAGACAGUAGAGAUCCUGGUCCCAGCGAUGCGCCUCGCUCACCAAAUUACUUUACUCCAGAGCUCCCUCAGUGCUGGAGCUCUCUCUCAUCUGGCCUCAGCCCUCAGCAGUGGAAAGACAGUGGAUCUGAAUCUGUCCCAUACCAGCAUGGGAGAUACAGGCUUCAAAGUUCUCUGCACAGGACUCAGGGACUCAGUGUUACACACACUAAAUGUUGGAGCGUGCGGGCUGACCGAGGCGUGUGGUGAGGACCUGGUGUCUGUGCUGGCCUCUGGAACCUCUCAGCUGCGUGUGUUAACACUGAGUAAUAAUGACCUCCAGGACCACGGCCUCAGACUGCUAAGCAGGGCUCUGCUCAGCCCACACUGCCCCCUGCAGAACCUUCAGUUAUUGCGCUGUAAGUUGACUGGUGGUUCUAUGGAGGCAUUGUCAGCAGUCCUGUGCUCUGGCCAUUCAGAGUUGAGAAUCCUGGAUUUGACAGUAAACAUCAUUGGUGACAGUGGGAUGGAGCACCUGUCUAAGUCCCUUCAACACCCACAAUGCAAACUGCAGGUCCUCAAAUGUUUUGACAAUGAGUUGACUGGUGCCUGCUGUGCGGCAUUAGCUAAGGCCUUUCAGUCAGGGAAGUGCUGUCUGAGAGAACUGGAUCUGUCUGCGAAUGAUCUGGGCCAGGAGGGGGCGCUGCUCCUGUGCAAAGCUCUUUGGAACCCCGGUCACCCACUGGAGACACUGAGCUUAGUGCGCUGUGAGAUGACCCCCCCGGUAUUUCAGGAGCUGGGUGUUCUGCUGAGAAGUGGGAGCCCCAGGUUAAGAUCACUGUCUGUAGGCAUCAACAAAGUCGGGGACCAAGGAGCCAAGCACUUGUGGGACGCCCUGGCAAGCCAACACUGCCAGCUGGAGUAUCUAGAUGUUGAGAUGAUGGGGCUGACCGACGCUUGUGUGGAGGACCUGUGUGCUGCAGUUAAAGCCAGUGGCUCCCUGAAGACCUUGAUCCUGAAGAACAACAAUCUGACUGAUGACUCAGUUCCAGCUCUGGUUACACUCAUGCAAGACAGGCCCAGCAUGGAGGAGCUGAAUGUUCAGUAUAACGACAUGAGUGAAGAUGUUUUUGAGCUGGUGGACAAAUGUUCUAAUAUCAGAUACUGAAGAGUCAAGAAGCAAGAUUGAGCAUGUUAAGGCAUGUGAACAGACAUUGGAAAUAAUCAGUAGUCAAUUGAUAUUAGAAGCCUCAACAUAAAUUCAAGCCAAGCAUUGUGGUCAACUUGAGGAUGAUAAUACGCUGUUGGAUUUGAUUAAAUAAUUUUAAUGAGAAAAGUA